AACCGCAUAAUUCCCCAUCCGCAGUAACCCCUAAACCCUUCUCUCCGCCUCGCCAGGAUGCUCCGCCGCGCCGCCCCCUCCGCCGCCACGGCGCUCCUUCGCCGUGCCCUCUCCAACUCGCCACGGCCACGCUCCUCCGCCGCGGCCACCGCAGUCGCGUCCUCCUCGGCCGUGAACUCCAUCCUCCUCCGCUCCCUCAAGGAGCACUACCUCGAGGUCUCCAAAAUGACGCCCCCGCCCAAGAUCAGCCCGCCCAAGCCCUACACCAUCGUCAAGGGCGCCCUGGACCAGACCUCGGGCCCCGUGCUCCGCCGCAGCUACGGCGAGGCCGGCGAGGAGAUCUCCAUCUCCGUCGCCAGGCUCUCCAACAUCAUGCCCCCCGGUGCCGACUCUGAUUCCGACGGCUCCGACGGCGCAGGCGGGGUGAGCGGGUCAAUCAGCCAGCUCUUCCUCCACGUCGACAUCUCCAGGCCAGAGAGCAGCAAGUCGCUGCAGUUCCUGUGUGGAUUGUACCCUGACGCCGUGGGGAUCCACUCCGUCUGCCUUCGGUCGAAGACGUCCGCGUCUGGGGCGGUGGCGGUGGCCGCGGCGACGAAGGGCGGUGGCGAGUACCAGGGUCGCAUCUUCCAAGAGUUGGAUGAGAAGGUGCGCGAUGCAUUCCAUUUUUACAUUGAGGCCCGUGGCAUAAAUGAGAAGCUCUUCCCGUUUCUACAAGCCUGGCUCUAUGUGAAGGAUCACCGCAACCUGAUACGCUGGUUUAAGAGUGUGGGUGCAGUCAUCAAUGAGCCAAAGCCGGAGUAAGAUGACAAGAAUGCCUCGCUCAAGAUCACCAGUAAGGCGACUGCGGAAGUUGUUGCCUGUUGGUAGAACCCAGAGGAUUGAGAGUAGUGCUAGUAGUAUAAAGUUGGCUUGGGUACAAGAUAGUGCCAUCAACUAAUAUAUAUUGCCUUGUCUUUAGUUUUGACUGUACCCCUUGGUGUUUUGGAGGAUGCAUAUGAUAGUGCCACUGGAGGGCUAAGUUGGAUGGGUGUUCA